GCCCUCAGCGGCCGCCCGCGGCCCGGCGGCAGAGCAGCGCGGCUCGGCUCGGGAUGGCCCCCUACGCCGCCGCCUACAGGCAACGCCAGUAAACUCAGACUGAGCCUUUGCUCUGUGUUUGAAGAACAGCGUUCCACCAGCACAACAGUGAGCGGCCUGUCAGAGCAGCGGCAAAUUUUACUGCCAGCCAAGUGAGGGUCACUGCGGCCUUUCAUCCUAUGGCUCCUGUGCAGAGUGGUUGUUGGACAGUUAGCGAAACACACCUUGAGCAGUAGUGUUGGGCUCUCCUCAUGCAGGCCAAAGUGUUCCAGGUCUGAUGGAUCUCAAUGUCAGCUGGUGUGUUCAGUGUGGAGUCAACCACUGGACUGUUCCCAAGGGCCUCAUUGCAUCCUUGCUCCACCAGAGCUUUCUUCUCCUCUACUUCUGGACCAGUGUUAUUCUUUUCCACUUAGUCAUGGUAGAAAUGCUGGAUUCAAAGGCCAGCUGACAUCAUUUGGAGCUUCGUACUUGAUUGGACAGCACUGGUCUGCUUACGGUUGCCAGGUGCAAGAAAGCACCGUAUGUUUGGAUGUUCCAGGAAACAGGGCAGAUUGAGUGACUUCUAUCCAAGGAGAGAGAAACAGCCCCAUGUUUGGGAAUUUGGUGGAGAUCAAUUCCUUUGAGACAUCUUCCAAGCAUCUCAGGCCAACGUGACUUAAAACAAAUGUAAUGGACUCAGUCACAAUGUAUUCCACAGUUUCACAAAAGAAAUAAGAAUCUUCUGUGCACUGCAGAGCUCCUGAAAAUUCCUGGUAGGUCCCCAUAGAGUUAUUCUGCUCCUUCAGCUCACGUCUAAGGAGCAUAGAGUUGUUUCUGUUCAGCAAGGACAAAUUAGUGAAAAACACAUCCACUGAAACUGUCAGCAGUGAGCAGAUUUUGGUUAGGGAGAAUAUCACACAUAUGUAAAUAUCCCAGAAAGCUGCAUGCAGAGUAGCAAACAGGAUGGGAGCAAAGUUCUUUACCAAUUCUAGAUGUGUUCCCGCUGAGCAUAGCUCUGGUGGAAAAGUGCCUAUUCUCUGUGUAACAAGGAAAGGAGUAAAACUGAAAAUAUUGAACACCAGACUUCUGUUCUGAAGGGGUGAGGAGUAGUCCACUGAACUCACUCUGCACCAUGGAGCUGACAGAAAAUGUGUGUCCUUUGGUUAAAAUGUGUCCAGGACUUGGCUGAAUUCAUGGUUUGGUCUUGAGCGGAGGUCUCCUGUGAUGGAGAGGAAAAUCUGGCAUGGGGAGAGAGAUGUUGCCAGUCUUUCUCUUUGGUGGUACUGCAUUUACAAUAGGGAGAAGGUGCCCAGGUGGUUUGGAACCCUGUGAAUAGGGAUAGAGUCCAUCCAGCCCUGCACAAAGUGACACAGAUCACAAGGGACAAAGGUCUGCCAGGGCAUAAGUGGGGCCUUCCAGGCUCAGCCACAGAGGCCAGGGCACCGGGAGGGACUUCAGGCAAAAGUCUGUGCCUCUGUUGUGCCACCCUGCAGGUGUGGGGGGACUGGGGUCUUUGCACCCCUCGUCCCAUCCAUUGGAAGCUUUGGAAAUGGAUAUGCACUGCUCAGCUUUGCAGAAUCACCUCUGAAGACUAUUAGUGAAAGAGACAGAACUGCGGUAACAGUUUAUUGCAAUAUAAUGCAGCAAGAGACAAAAAUAGAAGGGGCUCAUUAUUGCGGUUCAUAAACAUAGGCAAAGCACAUGCCUGACCUUUCAUUUGUACAAUUAAUUGUUCCAGCAGAAAGAAAAUGAGUCUUAAUUGUGUGCAGCUUCCUAGAGGAUCAGCUGUGUGUGCCCCUCCGCUCUCGGGGAAAAAGGCUGUGAAGUUUUCCUGAAGGUUUCUGCUUUCCACUGCGGCAGGAAAAGAAGAAAGGAGGAUCGCUGUGUUUCUCUCUCCCACCUCUGCCCUGCCUCCCGCCUCCCAAGGAGAAUAUUGAGCUAUAGUGCUAUUUAAAUAACCUCAACAUUUUCUUCAGUCUCGUAAAACAGGCUCUUCCUCUUGCAUUUUCAGUGCUAUUUCGCGCCUAUAAUAAGGAAAUAUUGUAUAAUGCUCAAUCAAAAGCCGUUUCAGAGUUCAAGAGUCAGUCAAAAGCAGCAACUUAAACCCGCUCCUAAUUUGACUGUCAAAUCACGUUGAUAGCAGUGGGUGGUCAGAGUUCGAAACGAGACUUCCCAGCCUCUGUAUUGCUAUCCAAAUGAUGUCCGUGUACGUGGGCUUCGCAGGGCUCGGUCACCGUGUGCUCGCAGUGCCGGUACCCAGAGCCGGGCUCGGGAAUGACCCCGUGGGGGUGAGCGGGCAUCGCUCCAGGACCGGCACCGUGGCCGCGGGACGAACCCAACGCCUCUCGCCCCAAUGCCCGGGGACAGGAGGUUCCUUUGGAGGACCCCCCUUGAAGCCCUUUUAUCCCGCUCUGCCUGAGGACUGAUGUCCUCCGCACCCAUCCUGCCGGGGGGUCCCGGGGCUUAACAGCGAUCGGGCCCUUCUCAGCUCGCCCAUCAGAUCCCGCCCGCAGAGCGUGACCGUCCUAAACCGACCUCUUAUCGAUAGCGAUUUUUAAUCUCGAACUCACAAAGGAGCACAUUCUCUGUUCCUUAAUAGAGCACAACGCCCAUUGACUUCUAUCCCAUUGACUUCAAUGGGAGUUUCGCUCCAUUAAGGACUGCAGAAUUUGGCCUAAACUGACCGCAAUAAUUUUGCUGCCGGUAAUGGAGCUUCAAAGCCGUCUCUAAUUAGCCGAUGAGCAGGAAUCGUUAAACAUGCUGUACAAUUCCGCCAGCUACGCGGGGGCUGCAGAGCAGCUGAGCAGUCCCGUUCAGCCCCGGGAAAGCUCAGAAUGCGACUUCUGCGGGGACAGCCCGAGGACGGGGUGUUGGACGGGACAUUCCUGCUUCCAUAGCUGCUUUGCUAGCAUAGGAAAAGGAGAAAAGAAAGCACUAAAAAGCCAUGGCAGAUUAGAUCACGCACUGAUUUUUUUCCUUCUUCGAAGACGCCUGAAGAAGAAUCAUUGUAUGUGCCGUUGUUUCUAUUUAUCAAAGAUCAACCUAAUUAGUUUUGUUUAUCCGUAACCCGGAGCACUCCUAACGAGUUACGCAGAAUCCCACAGUGCCUCCGAGCCGCACUUUGUGCUGCGCUCAUCUCCGCUGCGACCUGGCACCUUCCCGUCCAGCAGGAGCGAACUCCGUCCCCUUGAGCCGAACUCGCCUGUAAGGGCACUUCCAUUGCACGCCGUUCGUGGGCACAGCCUCCUUCCCGAAUCUCGCAGCUGUACAUACAGCAGCGUGCAGAAAUGUCUCGCAAAGACCGUGAUUUAAUAGCCGAGCUCUUAAGCGCUUACAAACCUAUAUUUCUCCAGUGUGUCUGUUACCUGUGAAUUUGAAUUUGGAAAACAACAUUUUCCUUUUGAAAUAAUCUAGUCGGCUAUUCGUGCAAAGAUGAAAUACAGCAAGAUAUAUAUAUAUAUUAUUUUAAAUAGUAUAUUUUUAAGGGCAUCUCUGUAUGAUCUUCUCGAAAAACUAACCCGUAGGAGAAGAGAAUACUCCUGAAAUCAUACGCUGCAUACGCAGCGUCCCAGUCAUCUGUUUUAUAAAGAAAUCUGCCUGUAAGUUUUGGUCAGUAUUCUAGGCAAAAUAUGCUCAACAGAUGAUAGUGGAGAUGCAGCCAGAAAACAACUCCAGCUAUUUAAACUGCCAAAUGAGACAUAAAGCCGCAUUGUAAAAAUCAUCUGGAAAACAGGUUUUCCUAUUGAAGUCGCUAUGUGUUAAUUACUGUGAUCUGGAAGAGCUCUGUAUCUAAACGCCUGGAAGCCGACUUUCACCCCGCAUAUGUAAAUGAAGAAAGUGCUGAAUCUAAGCCAGAGGGUUCAUGUUCGGAUUCAUUUCCGUGCAUGCCUAGACAUUAAUAUGUGUUCAUGUAGGGUUCGUACAGUACGAGGUGUUAUUUCCUUAUAAAGAAACACCAGGUCUCGCUUUCCAUUCUCCUUACAAAAUUAUUCGCAUUAUUUAUGCUACAUUGAGCGAUCUAAUUUCUUCGUGAUAGUCAGCUAAUUGCUCUGGCAGGUAAUUAGAAGCGGUUUACAACGCAAAGGGCUUUUGCGGUGCCCCUCGGAUUAUUAAGUUGCUCUGUAAAUUAUACCAUAUUUGCCGAAGAGAGCGGGGGAGGAAGGAGCUAACGAUCUUUUGAGAAGUUCUCCUGCGAUCGGAGCCGAAACGCGUCCCUGUCGUCGUCCCCCCCCCACCACCACCACUUAAAAAAAUAGAGGGAGGGGGCUUUGCCGGGGCUCGGAGUCGAAUUAUUCUAAAGCACGCGAUCUGAAGCCCAUUUUGUUCGUGCUCACUGGUCCAGAAUAACUUGGCCAUAAUGGCCGGGAAUGGGCCAGGUCUGCAGCAAGCUUCCUGCGCCGUGGCAGCAUCCAGCGGGCAUGUGGGAAAAGAAUGGCUUAAAUGGGGACAUCUGUUCAGUGCUGCUCAUCUCGCUCCUACAGCCAAGUCAGGUGAAGGGAAUAACCUGCUCGCCACCUUGUCCCCUUCCCGCUGCCCUCCUGCCACCUCCCCGCCCCCAGCCCGCUAAUCAGCUGCCGGGGUGGGGGAGCGAGGGGCGACCUAAUUACUCUGCCAUACAGGCAAAUAGCGACAGGGAAAGGUGGCGGGUACAUUGUAAGAGGAGCAGUAAAUAUAUCAAUAUUAGGGUCUCCCGAGUCAAAUCGCGGGAGCUCCGCACGAGAGGAGGCUGCGAUGCUCUCUCAGUGCGCGACCGCCGCAGACAGACGUUGCUGCUCACCCGCAGGUACGUCUCGCUCGGAGCAGCGGGGCUUCUCGCACUUCGCAAACGGCAGCAAGAAACGAAGCGUGGCUUUGAUAUAUCAUUAUUUAUUUAUUUUUUUCCAAAUUGUCACUUUUCUGUUGGUAGUUGGUAGGAUAUACAAAUCAAUACAUCCAUACGUUCGUGGAAAGCUUUCCUUUUCUCCUGUGUUAUCUGCGGACUGGUUUUCUGCAGACCGUGUAUUUGCAAGUGUCCAAGCACACCCACGUAUACACAUGCACAAACACACGGGAACGAGCGUUUGUAUUCACGAUUAUAUACACCUUUACGCGUGCAACAGCAUUUCGGGGCACGACCCCGCUCCAUGUAGCACAGUGGGAGCCCCUGCCCUGCGCUCCGAUCUCUCAGUCGGUCACUGUACAUCGCCACCCGCCUGUACUGCUCGUACAAUGAUUUGAGCACAUGUGUGGUUAAACCAUCGGACACGGAGCGGCUCCCAGAUUAUUUGUAAUUAAACACAAUUCCCAAAGUAACAUUUAUCUUCCCGAAACUGCGAUUGCAAUUGUCAACCGUCUGGAGGAGACGCGGGGUAAUCUGGAAGCAUUACCUCCUCUCCUAACGGAGCAGAAUGAAAAGAAAUCAAUACCACCGAGGAGAAGAAUUUAGUAGUUUUUAACUGUAAGUGGCGCCUGGGAGAAAGUGAUGGAUAAUAAGAAAAGCAGAACGCGCCUUAAACAAAUCUAUUGGGAGCAGGAGCGGGGCGCGGGGCUGCCCGCAGUGCCCGCGGGUGGCAGCGCCCGGUGCUCGCUGUCCCCUCCGCUGCUCCGGCACUGAUGGGAGCUCCCGGGGAGAGCCGGGCGCGGCGAUAAAAUCCUGGGGGGACGGACUGGGAUGGGAGGAAAAAGGGAAAGGAAGGGGGAGAUGCGGACGGAGGAACACAGCGGCAGUGUAAAGAGGUGGAGGUGAAGAUGCCUCUUCCUCUCCAGGCACGCACACUUGCCUUCGCCUAUCGAGUGACGAGGACGUUGAGGGGUCGUCGUGUGCCCCCCCCUCCCCCAAAGCGCCCCGUCCUUCCACGCCCGCAGCCCGAGAAGCAGCCAGGCCGCCCGGCGCUGCGGCGGGGGUUGCAGUACCUGAACACACUUUUGCAACGAUGGAUGAAUUAACUUCGGAACCCCCCGCUGCUAUGAACGCAGCACCCUCGCACACACAGGGUUCGCUGGUGCCGGUGCCCGCUUGCAGGCUGCACUCCGACGAAACGACGCAGCCGGGCAGUGGGGAACGUCCGAAGUGAACCGCAGCGGUGUGAGCGGUGGUAAAUAACGACGUUAAUCACCACCACUGCCCGCUCGGCACCGCACGCUCCUCUCCGGCUGUUUGGUUUCGUUGACGUGGUAUUCCCCAUCCCAGCCCGGCCAGGGGUUCGCUGUCACCCCUCGGUCGGGGAAUGCCGCAGGUGACAAUGCCAGGUGCGGGGGCACCGUGGGGCCCGGAUCCCGGGGCAGCAUGGCUCGGGCAACGCGGGGAAGGAGCUCCCCCCUGCAGCCCAUGGGAGAGGGGCCAGAAGCCGUGCACCGGCCGAGGCGGAACGCGGUGAAUCGGCUGUGUAAGCGUAACCACGCUCUGGACAUGCCGUGCUGCCUCCUAAUAGUGACAUUCACCAUCCGGCUUGGGCAGCGGGCACUUCAAUCCUUCCAGCUCUGCCUUGGCAAAUAGGCAGCGAGACCUCUCCUUCCCCAGAGAGAAACCUCUCACCACCCCGCAAAGCUGUCUGCGGGAGGACGAGACCCUGGAAGAGGCUCCAUCCAUCUCCCUGCGAGCGGAGCGCCGGGGGUUUCUCCGAGGAACCCCCCCACAGCCCAACCCCGAAGGGUUCGCGGAGGCUGUCGGCGCGGCUCAAGUUCGGCACUCGCUAAUGGAUGUUGUAGGCACAAGAUGUUCGGUAGACUUGGGCAAGUUGUUCCCGGGAUGUAAAUUAGGUCCCAAAAGCUGUUGUCCAAAUCGAAGAAACAGAGAAAUUAAUCUGGGAGACUAUCCAUCAUAGGCUGUAAUAAAGGGAGCGACACGGAUGAGACAGAUGAUAUGAUUAAGGAGCUGUGGUCGUUUUAAUUAACUUUUUGCUGUCCUGUAAUGAUCAAACUGGUCAACAGACCCGGUCAAUAAGCAUGUUAAUAUCAAACAAAUAAAACCAGGGAUGAUUAAAAACCUCCUGGUUUAUUAAAUUUGAAAUUCAAAUGAAAUUUAUGCUGCAGAUGCAUACAGAAUGCUAAUAGAUUGUAGCUUUAUUGAGAGUGGAUCCCACAGGUUUUCAAGAAACAGCGCGAACAUUUAUCUACUCCCGUACAUUACGCUUCAAACGGCAAGAAAAAAAAAAAAAAAAAAAGAAAAGUUUUAAUUAAUUUCGGGAAAACCUCUGCUUGUUGGCUCCCCCCUCCUUCGCCAAGCUGAUGGACUGCAGCCUUAAGCGCCGUGGUCAAUAAGGCAAUGCAAACCAAACCCUACGCUUUCUUAAAUCCUGCGCCCACCCAGCAGCGGUGGACUCACAGGGGAAGGCGGCGGAGCGGCUCACAGCUCACAAAGUUCAGCAGCCGCCGAUUUCCCAGUUUCAGUGAAACUCGGAGCGGCUGGAGAACGGCACUGACAGCACUGCUGUGAUUUCUGCUCGGUUCUAAAGGAUUUGCCUUUUUCCUCCCUCUGUGUUGAGCUCCCCCGUACAAACUCCCACGACUAUUUUUACAACGAGUUUUUUUUUUUUUUUUCUUCCAUGGUUUCCAGAGCGGCGCUUUUAAAGGAAAAGCGCGCUGAAAACCCACGACUUCCAGCCCCAAAUUAAAAAGCCGGGACGAGCCUUAAGGCAAGCGUAAAAAAGCCCGAGCGAGGGCACGUUCCCUCCGGCCGGCCGUGCGCGGGCAGAACGCGGAGCCGAAGGGAAGAGCCACCCGGAGCGGCUCUCCUCGAGAGAUCCAUCAGCAGCGCCGACCCUGAGCGCUCCGGGGCUGAAAGGGGCGCGUGUCGGUCUCUAUGCGGAUACCCGGCACGCCGCAAAAUGGGAUUUUCUGUGCCUCUAAAAUGUAGCGCUCUCGAUGCUUGUUUUGCUCUUACGCUUUCUGAUCUAUGUCUUAAUAGUUCCUCCCCACCUCCAGCAGAUAAAGGAAGCGGAGGUAAAAAGUUAAUAAGCAUUCAUGCAAGGGAGUAUCCCCGGGAAAUGUUCUUCCCCCCUUUGCGGGUGAUAGUAUUGAUUAAAUUAAACCCGAAAUUUAAACAAGUGUGCAUUAGGUCUGUAAAAUGAAUAUCAUUAUAGAAGGAGACCAAAGCAAUGAAGUUAAUUCUUUUUUAUUUGUUAAACGGAGUUCCCUCCUUCCCCCACCCCUUCCUCCUCCUGGGCUGGCCCUGUCACGCCUUCUCAACAGGCGAAAAUCAGUCAGAGAGAAACGCGACAUUUAUGGUAACCGUCAGCCUUCAGAGAAAGAAAGCAGUUCAUUAAUUUACUUCGCUCUUGCUUCGAAGUACGAUAAUGUACGGUACCCUCCGAUCAAUAGAUAUGAUGUACAGUCGAUAUCCCCUCGGAACCGCUCGAGGGGAAGGGAUAUCUGCCCCCACGACGCGAACGCACCGCGGGGUUCUCUUCUGGAGGUCACGGGCCGGGCCGGGGGCAGCCUCGGCUGCGGGGAGGCGCGGGGGAGCCCGGCCCGGAGCUGCGGACGGGGGGAACGGGAGAGGGAGGACGGGGCGGGGGAACCGGCGGUGCAACGCUCCCGCGCUCUGCCACCGCUGCGACGGUACGGAACUGCGAACAGACCCGAGCAGCCCCGCGCACAUCUCGAAGGGGUGGGAAGGGGCGGCCGGGACCAACCAGCCCGAGAGAGGACGGCUCAGGGCCGCCCUUCCCGGGGCUGCGGGACGAGGGGCGGCGUCCGCUCCGUCGGGGCCCCACGCGGGGCGAACCGCUCCGGUCGCGGGACCGGACCGAGUCGGGCCGAACCGAACCGAGCCGCGCCGAGUCGAACCGGGCAGAGCCGAGCCGGGCCGGGCCGUGCUCGACGGCGCUGAUGACCUCACGCAGUCACGUCGGCGAGCGGCGCGGCGGGGCCGGGGAUUGGCUGGCGGCGGCUCAGCGGCACUUCAAAGCCGGCGAGGGAGCUACAAUUGUGGUGGAAUGGGCGGAACUGAGCAUUGUAUUGCACACCUCUAAAAAAACACUGCCUCUGAUUUAUCAAUAUAAAAAAGAUCCUCUGAGAGGAGGGCACUUUUGUGUGAUGGCAACUUCACUUCUAGGGGAGGAACCGCGGGUUGGCUCCACGCCGCUGGCCAUGCUCGCCGCGACCUGCAACAAGAUCGGCAGCCCCAGUCCCUCGCCGUCCGCCCUCUCGGACAGCGCGUCCUCCUUCGGCAAAGGCUUCCAUCCCUGGAAACGCUCCUCCUCCUCCUCUUCGGCCUCAGCCGGCAGCUGCGGUGCCGUGGGCUCCGGCCUCCCGGGCUUCGGCGUGGCGGGCGCGGCGCGGAACGGCUCCUCGGCGGCAGCGGCGGCGGCGGCGGCGGCGGCGGCCGCGCUCGUCUCGGACUCGUUCAGCUGCGGCGGCUCUCCGGGCUCCAGCGCCUUCUCGCUGACCUCCAGCGGCGCGGCGGCCGCCAGCUCUCCCUUCGCCAACGACUACUCCGUGUUCCAGGCGCCGGGCAGCGCCGGCGGCGGCGGCGGCGGGGGAGGCGGCGGCGGCGGGGCGGCGGGGCAGGAGGCGGCUCACCAGCCCGUCUUCAUCUCCAAGGUGCACGCGUCGGUGGAGGGGCUGCAGGGCAUCUACCCGCGGGUGGGCAUGGCGCACCCCUACGAGUCGUGGUUCAAGCCCUCGCACCCGGGGCUGGCGGCCGGCGAGGUGGGCUCGGCGGGCGCCUCCAGCUGGUGGGACGUGGGCGCGGGCUGGAUCGACGUGCAGAGCCCCAACGGGGCUGCCGCGCUGCCCGGCUCCCUGCACCCCGCGGCCGGCGGCCUUCAGUCCUCGCUGCACUCGCCGCUGGGCGGCUACAACUCGGAUUACUCGGGCCUCGGGCACUCGGCCUUCGGCGGCGGCGCCUCCUCGCACCUCCUCAGCCCCGCCGGGCAGCACCUCAUGGACGGAUUUAAGCCGGUGCUGCCCGGCUCCUACCCGGACUCGGCCCCCUCGCCGCUGGCCGGCGCCGGGGGCUCCAUGCUGGGCGGCGGCCCCGCCGCGCCGCUCUCCGCCUCGCCGCGCUCCUCCGCCCGCCGCUACUCUGGCCGCGCCACCUGCGACUGCCCCAACUGCCAGGAGGCCGAGCGGCUGGGGCCGGCGGGGGCCAGUCUGCGGCGCAAGGGGCUGCACAGCUGCCACAUCCCGGGCUGCGGCAAGGUGUACGGCAAGACGUCGCACCUGAAGGCGCACCUGCGCUGGCACACGGGCGAGCGGCCCUUCGUCUGCAACUGGCUGUUCUGCGGCAAGCGCUUCACCCGCUCCGACGAGCUGCAGCGGCACCUGCGGACCCACACGGGCGAGAAGCGCUUCGCCUGCCCCGUCUGCAACAAGCGCUUCAUGCGCAGCGACCACCUCAGCAAGCACGUCAAGACCCACAGCGGCCCCGGCGGCGCCGGGGGACCCGGCGGCGGCGGCCCCGGGCCCGGCCCCGGCGGCAAGAAGGGCAGCGACACCGACAGCGAGCACAGCGCGGCCGGCAGCCCGCCCUGCCACUCCCCGGAGCUGCUGCCGCCCCCCGAGCCCGGCCACCGCAACGGCCUCGAGUGACGGCGGCGCCGCGCAGCGCCGCGCAGGGGACGCGGACACGUAAGUACCCGCGCGGCCCCGUGGGGAGCGCGCUCCGGCCCCGCACCGCACCGGGCGGGCGGCGGAGCUCCGCCGGGGGCCGCCUCCCCUGCCCUCCCCGUCCCUUAGGGACCCCCCGUCGGGUCGCACCGUGGGAAAAGCCACGUUUCUCCCGGCGGAAACCGCGGCCCUUCCGUCCGGGAGCGGAGCCCCGGGGCCGCGGUCGGCCGGAGGGGUCUUCCCGGGGCGGGGGCUCCGUGCCGGGCUGCGAGAGCAGCGCCCGCCGUCGGUUCUCCGUCCCGUCGGGACCGCCCUCGUUUCGGUGAUUGCCAAAAGCCCUUCUGCUCCCGGAGACCGCAGAGACACGGUGCUCUCCCCUCUUUUUUUUUUUCCCCCUUUUCAGUCGUUUACCUCCCCGCAUCCAAAUGUUUUUGCGUUUUCCGGCGCAUUUGGAUCAUUCCCGCUUGAGUGGGAAUCUCGAAACCCGCUGACAACGAUUAGGUUUCAAGUCCCCUAUUUUUAAACCCCAUACAAAUAAAGAAGCACCGGUGGUUGUGAGCGGAGCUGCGGUUCGAAUGCCAAAAAGAGGGAGGCCGGGGUGGGGGGGGAGGAGAGGAAAGUGAGAUAUUUGUAAAAUACAUCAGAACCUCUAGGUUUGUACCACGGGGAAUCGUUCUAGAUUAGUAACAAUGACUCCACCAACGUAUCGGUGCGAGGUGCAGUUGUCCAGGAGACGAUUUUGUAUAGUAUUUUUCUUGUACAUUACUUCCAGUAAAUAUUUGGAAAUAUAUUGAAGUACACUCGAGCAUUUUUUUUAAAGUUUUUAUUUUAUUUUAUUUUAUUUUUGAUAUUUCUUUUCCUGCCACGAGAAAGCAUUACCAGCGCAGCCCUCCUCAGUUUUAUUUCUGGACUCGUUUCCUGAAGCGUCCAUCAAAGCUCACUUCAGGAUAUAGGUUUUGCUUGAAUAUUAAUUUAGGUAGGCAUACAACUGUAAUUAAGCAAACAAUAUUUGAUAAAUGUUGAAUGACAUUUAAUUUAAUGGAGCAUGUACUUAUUUGCAUUUGCUGGCAGUUCAGGUAUAGUCACAGUGAGAGUUCUCCUCUAGUUCCUCAAGUGGGUUUGCCACGACCCAUGUAUUAAUAAACUGUCCGAGUGAAACUGAACUAACGUUGGCCUAUGUGUAUUUCCUGAAAAUAAUAUUGAUAAAUGUUAAUAAACACUCCCGACACCACAUUAGCGGUUUGCCCUGCUGCAAACUAAUUGUCUCAUUGUAAUGUUGAAAUAAUUUGGAUAUUUCACAUUGAAAUGGAAAGCCCUUCGCUGGAACAUUUUAGAUUUGCAUUUUAAAUGCAUGAAAUGUAAUUGAUUUUUAUCUGUAAUAUUUUAAAUGGUAUUAAUAAACUCCAGAGCGAACAUUCUAUCCCAGUCAGCUCUUGGCUUUUCUUCUUUCUCACUCCACCGUCGUGGGCAGUGCUGUGCUCUGAGCCCUGUGGCACACGCAGCUCUCAGAGAGUUUCUUCCAAAGGGGGAAUGCAAUGAACUGAACCCCGCUGUAGGCUGUGCCACCGCUGGGGCAGCACCAGGAGCGCAAUGGCAUUCUGCUUGACGCGCUAGGAGAGCAAACUAAAGGGGAAGCAUCAACACUGCUUUCAUCUUUCUUUUCUAUUUUUUUUUUAAUUAUUAUUAUUUUUAGAAUCAC